GGCAGUGGGGCCUGAGCUGAGGAGAAGGCCAGUUACUGUAGUCAUGCUGAGGCAGUUGGAGCUUGGUGCCCUCGCCUUGGCCUUUCUGGGGUGGAUCUGUGCCAUCCUGACCCGCUGCUUGGCCCUGUGGAACGUGAGUGGCACUGUGGACAACACUACAGCCUCUCUGCCUGCCUACUGGGACGGGGUGUGGCUGCAGUGGGAUCACUGGGACCUGGCUCACGAUGGAAGCCUGCACUGCUCAUUCUACCAAACUCUUAUGUCUCUUUCUGGAAAUUUCCGAACUUGGAGAUCUCUUAUCACAGCAGGAAUUGUAGCAGGUGGUUUUGCUGUGGUCAUCAGUGCGGUGGGGGCGGUGUGGUUUCCUCACCGUAACCAGAUUAAAGUAUUUUCCGGUGCCGUUUUUGUUUUGUCUGGAAUUCUGCUAUUGGUUCCCACAGCAUGGACGUGUCAUCACACCAGUCAGUCACUAGAGGGGGCUACACACUUGAGAAGAGACUGGGGGCCUGCGUUGUACUUGGGCUGGAUCUCAUUUGUUUUGAUGACAGUGGGGGGAGUGUUUCUCACCACGAGGUGUCCAACAACUCAGAGCCAAGGAGAGCACACCGAAGUCGCCACCGCUCCCCCUCAUGAGGAGGAGUCCAAUCACCCCCUGAGCAGAAUCAACCGGGCCACAUUCACUAAUAGCCAACUGCAACGCGGGGCAGGACCAGUGUGAAGGGCUUUAACCAUUUUAAAAGGAACUAGUAAUCUAUGCACCCGUUGGAUCAUGCAGAAGGAAACCCCGUCUUAAGAAAAUGCAUGUUAUUUAGUGUGGUGGUAUGUGAUGGUGAUAUGUAGCUA